AUGCCCGCCCCUCUACUCGAUUUCGAUGAUGACGACUGGGUACAAGUCUCAGUUGAAGAAGCCAAGCUCGAUGGUGGGCCCAGUUCCAACCAUGGAGGUCUUAACGGCUCAACUACAUGUACUGUGCCUCAAGCUGGCAAUAAUGGCAUCACCCUGUCUGGAGCUGGAAUCAGCAACGUCACGAGCUUUGGUACCAUGGGCAAGGGAGAACGUAUUCUACGGUUGGGUAUGGAGGCUGUCCUGAUCGAUCACCUUGGAGAUCCAGGCUGUUUGACUCACUUCUGGUUUGGUGGGAACUUUCCUGGUGUAGAAAACACUCGGAUCAGAUACUAUGUCGAUGGAGAGGAAAACCCAUCCAUAGAUAUGGAACUCUACUUGGGUCAUGGAAUUGGAUUUGGUGACAACUCUCAUGUGCCAUGGAUCACCAAGCACAUUGGCAAAGUGGGAAGAAAGAAUGGAAUUCACAACAACUACCGAAUACCCUUUUCUUUCAGCAUUCGCGUGACAGCAGAACGAGUGUCCAAAACUUCAGAUGAGGUCGACAAAUCCAUAGAGCCAAUUUCACAGGAUGAGAAAGAUGACAAAACAGUACCUCCAUCGUGGUGGAUUAUUCGGGGCCUUACAGGAGGAUGGGUGUCGUUUGAUGGAAGGAUGCUACCCAGCUCGCCGCGUCUCCGACUCCACCUUGCAAAAUUGGAAAACUACACGGCAAAACCUCUCGAAGAAUUCAAUUUGUGCAACAUAGUUCCACCCGAUGACAUUGGCGGCUCUGGAGAAACAUCAAUAGGUGCCUUGUUUCAGGUAACCAUUGUGGCACAAUCGACAACACUUGCGUUUCUGGAGGCAUGUAUGAGGGCGUACCAUGCGAAACCGAGCAGAGAAGAUGACAGUGACACCCCCUUUAUGAUGUUGUCGUCGGGAUUGGAAGACUAUUUCCUUGGAACAUACUACUUUGACUCCGGUUCCUACCAAUCGGACAUUUCUGGGCUCACCCACUUUGAUCGAUCCAAUUCGAGCUUCUCCGCCUAUCGGUUUCAUGAUCAAGACCUUGUCUUGAUUCCUUCCACGGGCCUUCGACUGACUUGUCGGUGCGGAGAAACAGAACACGGAACCAAGGACAAGGGGGCUUACAUGCACCCGCAACCGACAACCUACACCACUUAUGUUUGGUACUAUCUAUGGGUGUAA